UAUGAAAAUGUUAAAAUUAUUAGCUCCAAAGAAAUUCUUGUGUAGUUAUCCUCUUAGUUUAGGUGCUACGUGUGGUGGAAUUAUUUUAAUUUGUGUCACAGCAUCAUGUGGUCUUGCAUUAUUCGUCCAAGUGAUGACGAUCAAAGACUGCGACGUUUGCUCGCGGUAUGUCUGGAGGAAUGCGUAUAGUUUUAGCGUCACUGGCAUUGUUUAUUGUGCCUUUAUGUUGGCCAUCCAUGUCUGGUUCUUGUGGGGUAUUCAUGAGGAAAAAUCAUCAGUGGUGUUAUGUUGGAGUGUAAUAACUGCAAUGUGGCUGGCCCAAACAUUCGUGCUUCUUAUAAUUUUGAUUUGCAUGUACAGCACUCAAGUUAACUUCAUCGCGUGGGUUCUUUCGUUUAUCUUUGGGAUUAUUGCUGUUUGUGUAUUGUGGUACAUUGUCUUAGUUGGAUAUGGAUAUUGGUUAGAGCUGAGAGAAAAAGACAAACAUCCAAAUCUAAAUGUAUCCUCAAAUUAAA